AUGGCUCCGAAUCUUCCUUUCAAGGUAAUGAUUGUGAAUCCAGAGUGAGGAGUGAUACUUACCGGAUGUCAGUUGAACAACCCCGAGCUGUUCAGGGAGCAGGCUCUGGUUGGCGGUCAGAACAUCGAAGCCAAGUCUGGCAAGCGAUUCGACGUUGUUGGUAUGGUGAUCUCACCUGUCCGUGCAUCGUUCCUUGAGACUGACGGAGAAAUAAGAUCCGGGCAAUGGCAAGGUCUGGGCGACAGCACCCGACAUGGGUCCAGAUGAUGUCGACAAUGCGCUGAAGACUUCGCACGCCGCGUUCGAGGAGUACAAGAGGGUCAACCCGAGACAACGAGCUCAAUGGCUUUUGAAGUGGGACCAGCUCAUCCGUGAGAACCGAGACGACCUGGCGCAAAUCGUAACGCACGAGUGUGGUAAGCCUCUCUUCGAGUCACAAGGCGAGCUGGAUUACGCCCUGGGCUUCACCUGGUGGUUCGCCGGCGAAGCAGAGCGCGUCCAAGGAACGAUCCAAAUUCCUGCGGCACCAAACCGAAGAGUGUUUACGGUCAAGCAACCCAUUGGUGUCGCAGUUGCCCUCGUGCCAUGGAACUUCCCAAUUGCCAUGAUCCUGCGAAAGGCUGGUGCUGCAUUGGCUGCUGGAUGCACAAUGAUCGUGAAGCCAUCCCCAGAGACACCGUUCUCUGUUGGAGCACUGGCGUAUCUUGCCGAAAAGGCAGGCUUUCCCAAGGGUGUCUUCAGCGUUAUGCCCACCAGCUUGGACACCACACCAGCUCUCAGUGAGGCUCUUUGCCGGCACCCACUGACCAAGAAGGUCACGUUCACCGGAAGCACUCGUAAGUUGGACCAGUCAGAGUGAGCAUCUCGAAGAGUGUCAGGCAUUCGCUGACCCUUGUUGCCUCGACGUAGGUGUCGGUAAACUCGUGGCAAAGAUUUGCUCCGACGGCCUGAAGAAGUGCACUCUUGAACUUGGUGGCAACUGCCCGUUCUUGGUGUUCGACGAUGCCGAUCUCGAGGCGGCCGCGACGCGUAAGUCAGAAAGACUAUAGGUUUUGCUUGACCAUCGCUGACACCCUGCAGACCUCAUGGCCCUCAAAUGGCGCCACGCCGGUCAAGCCUGCAUUACCGCGAACCGAGUGUACGUCCAAAAGGGAGUCUACGAGAAGUUCACGCAGAUCCUGUCAAAGAAGACUGCCGAGCUGAAGGUUGGACAUGGUGCCAAGGAAGACACAACCAUGGGACCGGUCACAACAGACCGAAGUCUUUCAAAGGCCGAGGCUCAGGUUGAAGAUGCGCAGAAGAACGGUGGUAAGGUUGUGCUCGGCGGUAAGAAGCUGCACGGCACUCCUGGAUACGACGGAUACUUCUUCGAGCCAACGCUCAUCACCGGUGCGAAGGACAGCAUGUUGAUUGCGCGAGAAGAGACGUUCGCGCCUGUCAUGGCUCUCUUCGAGUUUGACACGGAAGAGGAGGCGGUGCAGAGGGCGAACGACACCAGCAUGGGUUUGGCCAGCUACUUCUUCACCAAGAACGUUGACCGAACCUGGAGGUUGCUUGAGAACUUGGAGGCUGGAAUGAUCGGUAUGUAUCGCCUCGACGCAAGGGAUCCGAAGAUGAUACUGACCAUAUCCAGGCAUGAACACCGGCAAUGCCUCCGCAGCAGAGUCUCCAUUUGGAGGUAGGUCGAAUCUCGCAUGGUUUGAAGCGUAUAUGUGCUGACCUAUCAACCUUGGCAGGAAUCAAAGAAAGUGGAUACGGCAAGGAGUCGGGUAAAGACGUCGCCAUCAACGAGUACAUGAUCAUGAAGACGGGCACUCUCACUCUGGCCGACCAUUUCUAG